AUGCGUCGAUCGGAGAUACCCAUAUUGAUACUGCUUAUGGUGGCCAUCUUCUGUCUCCUCUCCUUUACUGACUACAAGACAGCUAUGUCCACACAGUAUCCCGCGACUAGCGCUGAACCAGAUCCGCGUGUGAAGGUGCAGUUCACAGAGUGGAAGUACUGCAUGGAAGGGAACAUUUCCGCCUAUCGCAAUGAUUCGAAAGCAGUGCGUCGAUAUGUUGUUUAA